AUGAAGUCGGCCGAGCCAAACUAUUUCACGUGCACUCUCGGAGAAGCCGUGCGGGGUCACUCCCUUCCCUCUUCUGACGCAACUUCCUUCGUGUCCAUCAUCGACGUGGUUGAUCGGCAAGCCGAGCGGAUACCAGAUCUGCCUGCCAUCAACUUUGCUCAACUGGAAGAAGUCAGAUGUACUUCAUCUGCUGUAGCAUCGGCAUAUCUAAAGCAGCUCUCAUCUGACGGUGUCACUUUCAAAGAGCUGCGAUAUCGAUCGAUCGCAGCGGCAAAUACUCUUCGUGAGUCCCUUGAGGGCCGAGACAGUGAAUCGACAGUUGGACUACUAUGUGGUAGUAGUCUUCACUUUGUAUGGACAUGGCUGGGGUUGAUGCGCCUGGCGCGCCCUGUCAUUCUUCUUGCGCCGCAGCUGGAUCCACGAGCAAUCGAACAUCUGUGCAAAAAACUCGAGGCGGACGUUGUCCUUUACGACGACCACCAUGCGUCAACCGCUGCCAAAGUGGGUGACGGAAUUAAGGUUGUACGCAUUCCCAGUUAUCCCUCAGAAUCUAAUGGCGAUGAUUCGGGCGUGAGCGAGACUCCCAGUAUGACUGCAUCCAUCUCGGAAGGUGAUAAGCUUGCCGAGCCAGCAUUCUAUUUCCAUACAUCGGGGACUUCGACAGGUCUACCGUCGCCGAUACCACAAAGCCAUGCGAUAGUCGCAGCCCUGCCCUGCUUUGAAAGCAAAAAUCAGACGGCCACAUUUUCCACAACCCCCCUCUACCAUGGUGGCCUGGCCGAUUGCCUUCGCGCAUGGACGAGCGGCGCGAUGAUGUGGUGUUUCCCUGAAGGUCAAUUCCCCUUGACUGCUCGGAACGUUGUGCGAGCAGUGGAGUUUGCCCGCACAGCAAAUCUUGCUCCUGUCAACUUUUUCUCGUCAGUCCCAUACGUACUGCAAAUGCUGAUUGAGGACGCGGAUGGUCUGCCAAUGCUUAGUUCCAUGGAUUUGGUCGGCGUCGGGGGAGCAGCCAUGCCUGUGGCUGUCGGGAACCAACUGGUACAAUCUGGUGUUAACUUGCUUUCUCGAUUCGGCAGUGCCGAGUGUGGCUUCUUGCUUUCCUCGCAUCGAGAAUACAGCUCUGACAAAGAGUGGGAAUAUCUCCGCGUUCAAGUAGCUCCCGAGUUUCUUCGCUUUGAACCCAGAGACGGUGGACUUUCUGAGCUUGUUGUCCAGCCAUCAUGGCCGUUCAGAAGCAAGACAAAUCGCGAGGACGGCUCAUAUGUCACGUCUGACCUUUUCGAACCACAUCCCAAUCGCGAAAAUCUAUGGCGCUACCAUAGCCGAGCGGACUCGCAGAUCACCUUGGCUAACGGGAAAAAGUUCGACCCUUCCCCUCUCGAGCAAGGCCUCCAAGCAUCGACACCGCUGCUACGAGAUGCAUAUGUCUUUGGCACUGGUAAGCCCUGUGCUGGAGUGCUUCUCUUCCCUGACUCGGAUGCGCCAUCGGGAGAAGUCAUAGCCGCCGUGAAGCAAGCUUUAUCUCACUUCAAUCCUCGGAGCUCUCCUCAUGCGCGCAUCGAAGAAUCGAUGUUGAUAAUUGUUCCAUCUUCCACGAGAGAAAGAGCGCUUCCCAAAAGCAGCAAAGGCUCUAUUAUGCGGCACCAGGCGGAUGCUAUGUAUGCAAGCCUCAUCGAAGCAGCUUAUACCGUAUCACCGGCUUCAAAUAACACAGAGCCAGUUCGUCUCCAAAUUGACGAAUUGAAGUCUACGAUACUGGAUUCCAUUCAAAGAGUGCUCCAUCGUUCCGUUGAUCCCGAUCGCGAUCUGUAUCAGCAGGGCGUGGAUUCGAUCGCUUGCAUUCAAAUUCGAAAGUCUAUAGAGACGAAGCGGUUAGUGCCUUCAGAUUACAGAAUACCCCUCAAUAUCGUUUACGAUCAAGGGACGGUCAAGGAUCUAGCCUCCCAUAUUCAUGACGUGUGGGAGCCUUCGGAACGAGAAACCCCAAGGGAAGACAGCCAGCUCGCAUGCAUGGAAUCGUUGGUGAAGAAAUACAGGAUGCAAUCAGCGAGCACGGCGCAGACGAAGAUUCACUCUGGGUCGAGCGCGAUCGUUCUUACGGGCGCAACUGGCUUUCUCGGGUCCUACAUCCUGGGCCUGCUUCGCCAACGGCCGAUUGCCACCAGGAUAUAUUGCCUCGUCAGAGCUCAAACCCACGAUGAAGCUACGAAAAGGGUAUGUCAAUCGCAGACGGACCGUGGCUUUCCUUCGCUACCAUCAGAAGGCGAAAAAAGGGGCCAGGAUCCCCUAAUUGUCUGCUUGCCUUUUGAGGCUGGACCGCCUCACUUGAAUUUGCACGACAACACCUGGCAGACAAUUGUCCGAGAAGCAAAGUUGGUGAUUCAUGCAGCGUGGCCGGUCAAUUUCAAUCUACCACUAUCCUCAUACGUAAAUCAAUUUGCAUGUCUCACGGAGCUACUUGCGCUGGCCGAGGAAGCCGAGGCGCACCUGAUCUUUAUCAGCUCCAUGGCGGCUGCCAUUGUUACUGACCAGCCUUCGAUCCCGGAAAAAAUCACGGACGAUGCAUCUAGUGCGGCCCCCUUGGGAUAUGCUCGAUCCAAAUGGGUUGCCGAGAAGAUCUGUGCGGAUUCCAAUCUAACCUCGGCUCGUGGAUCACGGGGUGGUCUCGCAUCUGUCAUUCGUAUCGGCCAAUUGUGUGGCGACAGUUCCACAGGCGCUUGGAACCGAAGUGAGGCGUAUCCGCUGAUGUUUUCUGCCGCAAAUUCGAUUGGCGCUCUGCCUGAUUUACAUGGCGAAGGCACUAACUGGCUUCCUGUCGAUGUUGCUGCGCGAUCAAUCUUGGAGAUCUCAAUCCCUGGCUUCGCAGAUCGAUGCCGCGACUUACAUGAUCUGACGUGGGCUGGACCCAGUGCUGAUAAUUCGCGCUCGUCAACAACCCCUGUGUAUCAUGUUGCCAACCCCUUUGAUUGCACUCCGUGGCGUCAAGUCGUCGAUUGGAUCUCUACAACGGUGUCUGCUAUCGAUCCGUCACGCCAGAUGGAAGUUCUACCAGCAGUGGAUUGGGUGGACCGAGUAGACCGCCAGCUAGCUGAAAAUCACCCAGCGCGUGGCCUCGUGGGAUUUUGGAAACAGACUUUCAGCCAAAAUGCCGAGCUUUCGUUAGGCCUGGGCAGGUCAGUGAUUAAAAAGCCGGCUCAAAUCGAGAUUGAUCGAGCCAGACAGUUGGCUGAAAGUAUAGGUGCCGUGGCUCCCUUGGACCAACAGACUGUAGAACGGCUCUGGCUCUGGACCCAGAUGUAA